ACACUGUACCGCGCUCUCCUGCCUCGUGCUGCUCGAACAUAAGACCAUCAGUGAAGUCAAAGUAGAGACAGAGCGCGUGUCUUCUGUAGAACCGCAGCAGCAGGAGGAAGAAGAAGACAUCACACCUCCCUGAACAGACGCAGUGUGCCAUGUAGCUCGCAGACAUUUAUAAAAGCGCAUCUUCAUCAAAGCGAAGAUUUCUGAUCAAGACAGAACGGCUGCAUCCCAGGUCCCCGAAACCGGCGCAGGAGAAGAGCUGGGAAAAGCGCACAGCCUCGCGUCCUUCCUUCGUCCUGCUGAAGCAGCUGCUGCUUCUCUGCGAUUUUUUUUUUAGUAAUUUCCAGGAAAUAAUUGCAGAUCUGAUGCUGGAUUCGGCGACGCUCUGAACAGCUUGAUGUGGAUUUAUUCCCGCUGAGGACAGACCCAGGACCAGAGCCCGGCUUCUCCUCCAGAGCAGGACUCAACCCCAGCUCGCUGCAAUCUGUAAGAAACAUGUGAAGACAGUGAAAGAGAAAAACGAUCCAGUUUAACCAUUAGGACUCUUACAGAAAUUCCUGAUACCCUGCCCGAUAUCUAGUUUUAUUUCCUCCUUGUCGUCCUUUGGGAUCAUGGAGGGCCAGCAAGAUUCACAAAGGACUUUACAAAUAAACUCUUGUAGUUCUCUAAUGCUGCCCAUGUGUGUCUGGGUGCUGGUGCUAACCCUUGCUACAACAUGCAGUGGACAGACUUUUACCACAUUUCACCCUGAGAAGCGAGAAUGGUCUUUCAAUCAUCUGACGGUCCAUCAGACAACAGGGGCACUUUAUAUUGGUGCUGUUAACCGUGUCUACAAGCUGUCUGGCAACCUCACUCUCCUGGUCUCCCAUGACACUGGCCCAGAAGAUGACAACAAGGCCUGCUACCCCCCUCUUAUAGUCCAGCCUUGUUCUGAACCACUGGUCUCUACCAACAAUGUCAACAAGCUUCUCCUUAUUGAUUACUCGCAGAACAGGCUGCUGGCUUGUGGGAGCCUCUAUCAGGGUGUAUGCAAGCUACUUCGGCUGGAUGAUCUCUUCAUACUGGUAGAACCCUCACACAAGAAAGAGCAUUAUCUCUCUAGUGUCAAUCAGACAGGCACUAUGUAUGGAGUUAUUGUGCCUUCGCAGGGCAAAGAUGGCACGCUUUUCAUUGGCACUGCAGUAGAUGGGAAGCAAGACUACUUCCCAACCAUCUCAAGCCGCAAACUUCCUCGUGACCCAGAGUCCUCAGCCAUGCUCGACUACGAACUGCACACUGAUUUUGUCUCAUCACUCAUUAAGAUUCCUUCAGACACCUUAGCACUGGUCUCCCACUUUGACAUAUACUACAUCUAUGGCUUUGCCAGUGGCAAUUUUGUGUACUUUUUGACUGUACAGCCAGAGACGCCUGAAAAUGGCAUGGCCUCCAGUGGGUCCUCAAAUGAUCUCUUCUACAUUUCACGCAUUGUCCGUCUGUGUAAAGAUGACCACAAGUUCCACUCCUAUGUCUCACUGCCUAUUGGCUGCAUGCGCAAUGGUGUAGAGUACCGACUCCUGCAGGCAGCCUACUUAGCCAAACCAGGAAGAGUGCUUGCCACCGGACUCAACAUCAGUGCCACAGAUGAUGUCCUCUUUGCCGUCUUUUCUAAAGGCCAGAAACAGUACCACCACCCCCCUGAUGAUUCAGCCCUUUGCGUCUUCACCAUCAAGGACAUCAAUGCCCGCAUUAAGGAGCGCCUGCAGUCCUGCUACCAAGGAGAAGGCAACCUGGAGUUGAGUUGGCUGCUUGGGAAAGAUGUGCAGUGCACCAAGGCGCCGGUGCCCAUUGAUGAUUCCUUCUGUGGUCUGGACAUUAACCAGCCGCUGGGUGGCUCUCAGCUGGUGACAGGAUACACCCUCUACACGGAAAGCAGAGACCGCAUGACCUCAGUGACCUCCUAUGUGUACAAUGGCUACUGUGUGGCUUUUGUUGGCACUAAGUGUGGACGUCUAAAAAAGAUUCGUGUGGAUGGGCCUCCUUACGGGGGUGUGCAGUAUGAGACAGUGUCCAUCAUUAAAGACAGGAGCCCGAUUCUCAGAGACAUGGCCUUCUCACUGGACAAUAACUAUAUCUAUGUCAUGUCUGAGAGACAGGUGACACAGGUACCCAUCGAGUCAUGUGAGCAGUAUGGGACUUGUCACGAGUGUCUGAGCUCCGGAGACCCGCAUUGCGGCUGGUGUGUGCUGCACAACAUGUGUUCACAGAGGGAUCGGUGUGAACGAGCCAACGAGCCCUACCGCUUUGCAGCGACGCUGAACCAAUGCAUUAAGGCCACUGUGUAUCCUGACAGCAUUGCAGUUUCUGAACCCAGUGUACCGCUGCUGGUGAAGGUGACUGAUGUUCCUGAUCUCUCUGCUGGAAUCACCUGUGCCUUUGGGAACCUGACUGAAGUGGAUGGGAUGGUGAAUGGUAAUCAGAUCCUGUGCAUCUCUCCUGCUGCUAAAGAUGUCCCUGUAAUUCCUACUGAUCAAGACUGGUCUGGGGUGGAGCUCAGGCUGAACUCGAAAGAGACAGGUCAAAUGCUGAUCAGCACUGAGGUUAAAUUCUAUAACUGCAGUGUACACCAACUGUGUCUGUCUUGUGUGACCAGUUCCUUCCGUUGCCACUGGUGCAAGUACCGGAACCUGUGUACACAUGAUCCGUCCAGCUGUUCUUUCCAGGAGGGACGGGUUAAUGCCUCAGAGGACUGUCCUCAGCUGGUGCGCUCUGAGGAGAUUCUGAUCCCAGCCGGAGAAGUGAAGCCUAUCACGCUGAAGGCCCGGAACCUUCCACAGCCUCAGUCGGGUCAGCGCGGCUAUGAGUGUGUGCUGCACAUCCAGGGGGUCAGCCACCGAGUCACAGCUCUGCGCUUCAACAGCUCCAGUGUACAGUGCCAGAACAGCUCGUAUCUGUAUGAGGGUAUGAGGAUUAGUGAGCUGCCGGUGGAUUUCUCUGUGGUGUGGAACGGCAACUUCAUCAUCGAUAAUCCUGAGAACAUCAGAGUGCAUCUGUACAAGUGUGGCGCUCAGAGAGACAGCUGUGGCAUGUGCCUGAAGGCGGAAAGGAAGUUCCAGUGUGGCUGGUGCAGUAUGGAGGGCCGCUGCACCCUACAGCACCACUGUCCUCUGAUCAACCCUUACACCAACCGCUGGCUAAAUCUAGCCACCUCUAAUGUCAAGUGCACCAACCCACGUAUCACUGAGGUGACCCCAGUAGCUGGACCUCCAGAAGGGGGCACCAGGGUGACUAUCUGUGGGGUGAAUCUGGGUCUGUCUUUCUCUGAAAUGGAAGAUAACGUGCAGGUGGCAGGAGUGCGAUGUACCCCAAAAGAGGACGGCUACAUCAUUGCAGAACAGAUAGUCUGUGAGAUGGAUGCAGCUCCAGAAGACACCCAGGCCGGUCCUGUGCAGCUAUGCGUGGGAGAGUGUAAGCCUGAACUGCAGGCUCGCUCUUCCCAGCUCUACUCCUUUGUGACACCAUCUGUAACUGGGCUAUCACCCAGUCGAGGUCCAGAAUCAGGGGGCACUAAGGUGACCAUCAUCGGAGUGAAUCUGGGUGCAGGAAGCAGCGUCAGCAUUCUGUUUGGGAACCAGACCUGCGAGUUCUAUGAGCGGACUAUAACAGAGAUUGUGUGCUACUCUGCUCCAUCGCUGAUGGGGGUGGGCCCUGUGCAGAUCUCUGUAAGCGUGGACCAUGCCCAGGUGAAGGAGAAACUCAGCUUUGAGUACAUCGAUGAUCCCACUGUACAGCGCAUUGAGCCUGAAUGGAGCAUUGCAAGUGGACACACUCCCCUUGUAGUGACCGGAACCAACUUGGAUGUGGUCCAGGAACCCAGAAUACGGGUCAAAUACGGCGGACAUGAAUCAGUAAACGUGUGUAAGGUCCAGAACAGCACUACUAUGAGCUGUUUUGCACCAUCUCUGGCGGCGGAGUACACGCCUGGCCUGGACUCUGUAAAGCAUGCAGAUGAGUUUGGCUUCAUUUUCAAUAACGUGCAGGCUCUUCUGGUUUACAACAACACUAACUUCCUGUACUACCCAAACCCUUACUUCGAGCCUCUCAGUACCAGUGGAGUCCUGGAGCAGAAACCAGGCUCUCCUAUUAUUCUGAAGGGGAAGAACUUGGUUCCUCCAGGCUCAGGAGGAGUGAAGCUGAACUACACUGUGCUCCUGGGAGAGACACCCUGUUCCGUCACAGUCUCUGACACCCAGUUGCUCUGUGAGCCGCCCAACCUCACUGGCCAAUACAAAGUCAUGGUGCAGGUAGGCGGUCUUCAUGUCUCUCCUGGAUCUGUGAAUAUCCUAUCAGACAGCCUUCUGACUCUACCCGCGAUUGUAAGCAUAGCAGCUGGUGGAGGCCUCCUGUUGAUCAUCGUCAUCCUCGUUCUCAUUGCCUACAAGCGCAAGUCACGUGAGAAUGACCUCACGCUCAAACGGCUGCAGAUGCAGAUGGACAACCUGGAGUCCAGGGUGGCACUUGAGUGCAAAGAAGCUUUUGCAGAGCUGCAAACAGACAUUAACGAGUUGACCAGUGAUCUUGACAGAGCUGGAAUCCCUCACCUGGAUUACCGCACUUAUGCUAUGAGAGUGCUGUUCCCUGGCAUCGAAGACCACCCAGUUCUCCGAGAGCUUGAGGUCUCGGGUAAUGGACAGCAGAUAGUGGAAAAGGCUCUGAAGCUGUUUGCACAGCUGAUCAACAACAAAGUGUUUCUACUGACGUUUAUUCGUACUCUCGAGCUGCAGCGCUCUUUCUCAAUGCGAGACCGCGGCAAUGUGGCAUCACUCAUCAUGACGGCGCUACAGGGAAGACUGGAGUACGCAACAGAUGUCCUCAAACACCUUCUCUCUGACCUCAUUGACAAGAACCUGGAGAGUAAGAACCACCCCAAGCUGCUGCUGCGCAGGACUGAGUCUGUGGCUGAGAAGAUGCUCACCAACUGGUUCGCGUUCCUCCUUCACAAGUUCCUCAAGGAGUGUGCAGGAGAACCUUUGUUUAUGCUCUAUUGUGCUAUAAAGCAGCAAAUGGAGAAAGGGCCUAUAGAUGCCAUCACAGGGGAAGCUCGCUACUCACUCAGUGAAGACAAGCUCAUCCGACAGCAAAUAGAGUACAAAACAUUGAUUUUGAACUGUGUGAAUCCAGAUAACGAGAACAGCCCGGAGAUUGCAGUGAAGGUGCUGAACUGUGAUACCAUUACACAGGUGAAGGAAAAGAUACUGGAUGCCAUCUAUAAGAAUAUGCCCUACUCUCAGAGACCCAGAGCUGUAGACAUGGACCUGGAGUGGCGUCAGGGCCGGAUGGCACGAGUGGUCUUACAGGAUGAAGAUAUCACCACCAAGAUUGAGAAUGACUGGAAGAGGCUGAACACACUCAUGCACUAUCAGGUCUCAGACCGCUCUGUAGUGGCGCUGGUUCCAAAGCAGACCUCCUCCUACAACAUUCCUCCCACAGCCAGCAUUUCCCGUACAUCCAUCAGCAGAUAUGACUCGUCGUUUCGUUACACAGGAAGUCCAGACAGCCUUCGCUCCCGGGCUCCUAUGAUCACUCCAGACCUGGAGAGUGGAGUAAAAGUGUGGCACUUGGUCAAGAACCAUGAACACGGAGACCAGAAGGAGGGCGACCGGGGAAGCAAGAUGGUGUCUGAGAUCUACCUCACCCGCCUGCUAGCUACGAAGGGUACACUGCAGAAGUUUGUGGACGAUCUGUUUGAGACUCUGUUCAGCACAGUCCACAGAGGCAGCGCCUUGCCUUUAGCUAUCAAAUACAUGUUCGACUUCCUGGACGAGCAAGCCGACAAGCAUGGCAUCCAUGACAUGGAUGUUCGCCACACUUGGAAAAGUAACUGCCUUCCGCUGCGAUUCUGGGUGAACGUGAUUAAGAACCCUCAGUUUGUAUUUGACAUUCACAAGAGCAGCAUCACAGACGCAUGUUUAUCUGUGGUGGCCCAGACUUUCAUGGACUCGUGUUCCACCUCAGAACACAGGCUGGGGAAAGACUCUCCCUCCAACAAGCUGCUCUAUGCUAAAGACAUCCCCAACUACAAGAACUGGGUGGAAAGAUACUAUGCUGAUAUAAACAGACUGCCGGCGAUCAGUGACCAGGACAUGAACGCAUACUUGGCUGAGCAGGCAAGGCUCCACUCCCAUGAGUUUAACAUGUUGAGUGCUCUGAAUGAGAUCUACUCUUACGUCAGCAAGUACAGCGAAGAGAUCACUGCAGCGCUGGAGCAGGACGAGCAGGCGAGGAAGCAGAAGCUGGCCUACAAGGUGGACCAACUGAUUGCUGCUAUGUCCCUGGAGAGCUGAGACACACACACACACACACACACACGGAUAGAGAAAAUGGAACACAAAUUCUCUGUGCCAUGAAUCCUUUAUCCAAAGCCUGGUCCUGGAACUCAAGAGGAAACAGGAUACAGCUGACUUAGGAUUUUCUGAUCUCUUGUUAUGGUAUUUCUUUGAAAAGGGUCAAAACGCUUACCUCCACAAGUCAGUGUGCACAUCCAUCUACAUUUGCCUUCCAGUGUGUAAGAGGAACUCAAGGGCCCGUCAGCAUUUAGCGGCAUCAUGCAUGUUUGUUUUUGUAUCUGUUUAGUCUUCGUUGGUUUUCUACCCAUGAUGUGACAGAACUACAGCUCCAAUACCUCUUUGUAAUUUUAAUUUUUUUAAUUUUUAUUUUUUUUCUGGUGGCAUGUCCGAGUCAGAAGAACAUAAGAGAGAGCAUUGGAUAUUUAAUGCCUCAGUUUAAAUCCAGUGGAUGGAUUUUACUUCCAAAUUUUUAUUUUUAUAUGCUAUUUGUUUUUAUUUAAUUUAUUCUGUUGAGCUUGUGCCUCCAAAUUAUUAAAGGCAUUCUAACAUUAGUUGUCCUCUUCAUCAAAUAAUGUGAUCAUGAUAUUUCUAUAUCUGACUGUUUAAAAGCCGAGGAUGCAUCCCUCAUGUGCUGUCUGCUCAUCGUAUAAAGAAUGUGGACUUUACAGACCUCUCUAGGAUUCACGAGCAAGUAGCAAACUGUUGGUGUUGAAGGGUCAGAGUUUGACCAGCAUGUCUUUUCUUUCAUCCAUGCAACUCUCAUGUUUUCCAAGACUGCACUUCAUCCAUGGAAAACACUACGAGACUUGCUUAAAAGGGAUCCCCUUGCAAUCUGUCUCUACGUCCUGCUUUCUACAUGUAAGCCUUUGUGAAUGUACAAAUGUUCCUAUGUCUUGUCUUGUUUGUUUGUUUGUUUGAUUGUUCUUUUAAAAAAGAAGUCAGUUGAGCUGAUCUCUGUGGCAAAAUGGCCAAAAGGGGAUCUGAUGCGCUGCAGCAGUAAUAAGAGCCCUUUAUAUGAGUUGGUAGGUCGAGGAACAUUCCUGAAAAGGAGAGCACUGACUCAAGGUCAGCUCACCUCAGUACCAGGCAGUAUUACUUAUUACCUAUGGUCAAAUGUGUGUGAAUUUUGCAUGCAUUGUAGAGUACCUCAUAAACGAAGAAUAAUGUCUUUGUUCCCAUAUGUCCAUAUUUUCAUGUGCCAAGGGUUUUACUUGAGUGGUGCAUGUGGCUGGCUCAGAAGCAAGCUGAGAAUAGUGUCCCAUCCUGCUACCCAUACAUUUACACAGCACUAAACUAACUGUGGCAUUGUAUCACGAUUAUGUGCCAAAAGGUCAGUCUCGAUUGUCAAUGUCAGAAACGGUUAAUGCUUUAUUAAGGGAGCAAAACACUUCAAAACUUGAACAGCGAGAACAGAGUGGCACUGGAGAAGAACUAGAAAAGAUCUUCAGCAGACUCAGCUGCCACGUUCACUCUUGCCCCUGAAGUCAAGAACUGGUACGAAGAGAAAGUGAGCUCCUCAUGCUAGUCGAAAAAUUGGAAUGGUGAUAGCUCUGUGUGUGUGUGUGUGUGUGUGUGUGUGUGUGUGUGUGUGUGUGUGUGUGUGUGUGUGUGUGUGUUUU